AUGGUUUUUAAUUUUGUUCAACAAAAAGAGUUUGAUCUUACUAUUGCAUUUAUUUAUAUGAGUAUGGAUGAAAUUGUGGGUUCAGGUCAAAAAACCUCUAUGUUUUGGAAACGUAUUCUCCAAAUUUUUGUCCAACGCAACGGCAAUCCAUAUGAAAGAGAUUGGUCAUCCUCAAAAACCAAGAUGAAGUAUAUAAAAAAAGAUGUCAAAGAAUUCGUGUCCAUUCUUAAUGCUAUAUUUUGGCAAACCAAAAGCGGUGCGAGCCACGAAGAUUUGACAAAAGAUGCUCGUAAGCAAUUUCAGGAACAAUCAGGACAACCAUUCAAGUAUGAUGCAUGUUAUGAAUUGUUUAGAGAAAAGGUCCCUGGAUAUAAUUAUGAACUCACUGUUAGCCAAAACACUGAGUUGUUUAACAAUCAUCGUAACUUUGUAUCACACGAAGAUGGUACUGAAGUUCUUCCUAAUGGAGAAACUCGUUGGAAAUACAAGGAGAAUGCACGUCCUAUAGGAGCAAAAAAAGCCAAAAUGAUAGCCAGACAGAAGAAGGAUCGUGAGCAAGGUAUAUUUAGAGAAGGUGAUGAGGGAACAUCUUCGGUUAAGAUGGAAGAAGAUAGGAUCUAUCAACAAAGUGCUAGUAUUUUGGAGUAUCUUAAGGAAACGCGAUCAAGGAAGGAAAAAAUGAAAAUGGAACAAGAAUCUCAAUACCAAACAAUUUGGGAGUAUACUCAGCAACCGAGUUAUCAAGUGGAAGAACAACUCAAUUUGCAAAAUCUUUAUCAACAGACUAAUCAAAUGCAUCAACAACAAAUGAAUUUAGAUCAAGACAAUGCAAUAAUGUCUAUGGACCUUAGCCGAUUCGCUCCCAACGAAAAAAGAUAUUAUCGACGCAAGCAAAAGGAGAUCUUGAAGAGGAUGAAUAUAAUCAGCGUUGAAGAUUUAGAAGAUGAUGAUGUAAUCCAUCUCUAG